GUAUACUUUCGUCUUGAAUAACCAAUGGACGGCUGGUCUAUGGCGGAGGGUACCAUCCCUAACGCGAGUAUGAACAUCACCAUGACGUCUCUGUCGUCGAUGACAAUGGGAGUUGAACAGCUCCAAGAGAAGUUUCUUCGCUGUAACAACUGCAACAUGGACUAUGACUCGGACGAUCAGCACCCUCGGCUUUUGCCGUGCCUACACACACUUUGCUACAAGUGUGUCAAGGCCAAGGUUGAGAACAAGAAAAUUGUAUGUCCUAAAUGCAGAGUAGAGCACAAGGCAAGCUCGACCGACUUGAAAGAGUUUACCCGUGAUGACACCAGGGAAGAUUUAAUGGAUUUUGUCCGUGUGCAGAAAGGGCCGUCUGGAGUGACCUGUCAGUCGUGUGGUGAGGACAGCCCAGCCUCUCACAGAUGCCAAGACUGCGGCGAGUUCCUGUGCAGUAAGUGUAGGGAUGCUCACAAGAGAACAAAUGUGACAAAGAAUCAUGAGCUUAUCACCAUGGACGACCUGAAGAAAGAGAAGACCAUGGGUGCAUUUAGUCACCCUCAGAAAUGCCCUCAACAUAAUGAGAAAUUGAACCUGUACUGCUCCAAAACAGAAUGUCAGAAGCCAGUCUGCUACAUCUGUGUCUUUUGUGACCAUAAAGACCAAGAUGGGCACAAGAUAAGUGGCACUGAUGACAUCAGCAUCAAAAAGAAACAAGACAUAAGUAAAGAAAUGGACAACCUUAAGAAAACCGAGGACCGUGUGAGCAGCAUCAUCAGAGAGGUUGACUUAGAGACGACAGCCGUGGGCGAGAAAGGUCGCGAGAUAGAAAUGCAGAUUGAUGCAGCCUUUGAUGGAUACAUAAAGACUUUGGAGAAACGUCGAGAGGAACUAAAGAACAAAGUUGAGAGCCACGUAGAACAAAAGACAAUGACUCUUGACAACCAGAUGAGUACCCUAACUGCCCAUAGGACUCAAAUAGAGGAAGCCAUUUACUUCUCCGAUCAAGCUUUGGCCUACAAAAAUUCGUCAGCCCUUCUCCAGAUAGAAAAGACAAUUAUCAAGCGCAUGAGAGCACUCAAUCAACACCCCUUCGAUAAGAUGCCACACGAAACAGCUGCUUUAGGGUUUUCAAACAAAGGUCUACACACAGAGAUACAGAAAAACAUCAUCUCCAUGGCAUCUGUUUGGGCCUCAUCCAUUUACCCACCACGCACACAGAUAGAAAUUGAAGGAGAUGCCAUUGAGAAUGAGGUCGCAACCUUCUUUGUUUUUACAGCAACCUACAAGGGAGAAAAGUCGGAUGACAGAAUGGGAGAUAUCUCCGCACGUGUUAAAGGACCGAAAGGAAUAGUGAAUAAGGCUCGGGUAGACGAUCGAAUGUUCGGAUCAGAUGAGCGAUUCCGUGUCAGCUAUAUCCCAUUCGAAUCUGGAGACCAUGUACUGGAAAUCCGUGUUGCUGAUCGUCCGAUUGGAACACAUCCAUUCCAAGUCAUUGCAAACACAGAUGAAAGCAUCUCCAACAUUCCAGAAGCCAUCCUGCAGAAAGCACAACGACCCGAGUUUUCUUUUGAUCGUGCACGUGCCCAUAGAGAUGUGACGGUCUCGCCUGACGGGAAGACAUUCCUGAACGCUGCAGCAACUGUUGAACCUUCUGGCCCUAAACACCUACAGAAAUACAAGGGUGCUAUAAGCACCGUCCCGAUACAAGCCCCGGGCAGCCAUUAUUAUGAGCUCAAUGUCCGAUACAAGAUUCGCAGGCCACUUGAGAAAUGCAAUCUUGUAUUUGAGAUUGGCUUGGCACGUGGUGAAGUUGUUGAUAAUCGUCACCAUGUUGAAGGGCAGAACUUUGCCUGGUCGUUGAUUGGUGCUCACCACAGCGAAUGUGACGAGAUCUGCCUUCACAUUGCUCACGGUAGCCAGUGUAUCUUCCAUGACAGCCUGUCAAAGAAUGAAUCUGGAGCUACAAUGAGUCGUAAUUUUGGGUUCAUGGUGGAUACGGAUAAACAAGAAUGGAAGAUCUUUGACUGUGAAAAAGGUGAGCAGAUUUGUGUUAUUGAUGCAGUGGAUGGUUCGGAGCCUCUUUACCCUGUCGUCGCCGGUUACAAUCCCUUCCAGGUUGAGGUCACCAUGAACCUGCGUACAGGAGUGUCCAUCAACCAGGAGAAGGGCACCAAGAAAUGAUGGGACAUUUUAAAAUUUCUGACCAAGACUGACAAGUCAUUGGAUCCAGGACUUGAUUCUUAAUAAUCAGAAUGUAGAUAAAAUGUUAUUAGAUUUAAAAACACAAAAUAGUUUAUAUAGACUAAAUAUCGUAAAAGUGUACUUAGCAUGUACGAUAAUUUUGUUUGUGAUAUUUUCUGAUCAAUAAUUUUUUAAGGGAAUCACAAAGUUAAAACUGUCACUACAAAGGAACUUAUAUUUCUAGUGUUGAAUGAAUGGUACAUCACCAUAUGAGGUCCAAAGAACUGCUCCCUGCUACUUUUAGGUCACUUAAGACAAAGUCUCAUGUGACCUAUUAUAAUCGCCUUUUCUCCAUCGGCAUACAUCGUCCGUCUGUAAACAAUUCACAUUUUCCACUCCUUCUCCAAAACUGCUGAGCCAAAUUCAAUGAAAUUUGGCAGGAAGCUUCGAUGGUCAAAGGUCAACCAAAAUUGUGCCUGAGGGGCAGGACCAAAAAGGAUCAAAUAGACUAAAUUUUCAUACAUCUUUUCAAACCCUGGCAAAUAAAGUAGAAUCAAAUACUCUUCAUAGAUGGAAGAGUCUUAAGGUGCUUUACCAAAAUUGUGAAUUUCAAGACCCUUGGGUCUCAUGUUUGCCCCUGAGGAGGGGGAAAAAUUAACUAUAUUAUAUUUCGACUAUCAUGUGUCUGAUUUCUACUGGAAUUCAUUCUUACUUUGUUAACAUUAUCAGCAUGGGUUACAGCUUGAUGGUAUGUACAGGUUGGCUCUGACUGACCUUGGGGCCAUAAAGGGUCAAAUUCAAUGAAACAUUUCAAAGCUCAGGUGACUGUUUAGGCCCAUAGGCCUCUUGUAAUAGUUUAAAUAUCUUAUCCUUUCACCAAAAUUUCCCAGUUUUCCAGUAAUUUUUUCACACCCCCAGACUAGACAAUGUAGUUGUAAUAAUACUCUAGAUGUCUUAUCAUUAGCACAGUCAGAAUAGAAGAGGUUGUUCUCUGUCACUCUGCGGCAUUAUACAAGAGCUCACUUCAUGUCUUUGUGAAGCGAGUUCCACCUAGGGGAGAUAACUUCCUAAUUUUCACUACAAUAUUUCAGUCUUCGUCAUAAUUAAAAGGGCAUUGUGACAAGCCUUUUCUUACAAUUAAUCAAGAUUCCUUUUAUUAAAAAGAUUUUUUUUUUUUUUUUUAAUUUUUUUUUGUAACUGAACACUUUUACAGUUUAUAACCAGUGGAUAUAUACAGCAGCCAUACAGUAUAUUUGUGUUUAUAACCAGUGGAUAUAUACAGCAGCCAUACAGUAUAUUUGUAUUGUUUUCUUCUUAAAUUGUGUCUAUUGACAAGAAAAGAACAGAGCACACCUAAUUUUAUUGAUAGCUUGAAAGUCUUCUUGUAUAUUAUAAACACCCAUUUCGCCUGUCUGAGGAAGGUGAUGAGAAUACAUGUCAUUAUGUAUAAACGUAUAACUAGACAUGCUGUAAGACACCAACUGGUUUAAUCAAUUGGAUCCUGUUUGAAAAUUUAUUUACAUCAUUCAAUGCAGAUGGUAUAAAAAUCAGUUUAUAUAUUUAUAGCGACAUGUCAUUGCUUGCCUGAUACAGUGUAAUCAUUUAUGGGACCAAUUUUAAUUUUGUGAUAUUAUAUACACCUGCCUGAGACCAGUCACAUAGCACAUUAUUGACUGAUAUAUGUCCAAAGUAAUGGUGUUUGCCAGAGUUCUUUCCCCUUGAAAGUCAUAUUCCCUUCAGCUACAUGUUGGAAAUGAUUAAUCUACAAAAAACCCCCCAAAAAACCCCAAAAAAACAAAAACAAAAACAAAACUAGACAUUGAUAUCCCCCUCUAACUUUAGAUUGUACUAUUUUGAGAAGAAUUAGUAUAAUGCCUUAUUAUUGAGAAUAUCUCUUGACCAAUGAAGAUAAUUGAUCAAUUAUGGUCAAAACAAAUCACUUAAAACCAUUUUUAAUACAUAUUUGUACAGUAUUGAUCAUAAUAUUAGUAAUGAAUACAAUCAGAAACAGGCAGAUUAUUUAAGUAUAUUAAUCAAAUUUGUAUUAAAUCUGUGUGUUUUUUUAGAGUGUUGUGUGAUAUAACCACACCGGAGUCGGAUACUUAAACAUUUUUAAAGUUUGUAUUCAAAUGUAUUUUUGUGUAUCCUCAGAAUUCCAACUGUUGCAUUCAACCUCUGUGAAUAACUAUCGUGUUCACAUGACCUCUGUCAAUACGAGAUAACUAUCGUGGUCGCAUGACCUCUGUGAAUAUGAGAUAACUAUCGUGUUCGCAUGACCUCUGUGAAAACUAGAUAACUAUCGUGGUCGCAUGACCUCUGUGAAAACUAGAUAACUAUCGUGGUCGCAUGACCUCUGUCAAUAUGAGAUAACUAUCGUGUUCGCAUGACCUCUGUGAAAACUAGAUAGCUAUCGUGGUCGCAUGACCUCUGUGAAAACUAGAUAACUAUCGUGUUCACAUGACCUCUGUGAAUACGAGAUAACUAUCGUGGUCGCAUGACCUCUGUGAAAACUAGAUAACUAUCGUGGUCGCAUGACCUCUGUGAAAACUAGAUAACUAUCGUGUUCGCAUGACCUCUGUGAAUACGAGAUAACUAUCGUGGUCGCAUGACCUCUGUGAAAACUAGAUAACUAUCGUGUUCGCAUGACCUCUGUGAAUACGAGAUAACUAUCGUGGUCGCAUGACCUCUGUGAAAACUAGAUAACUAUCGUGGUCGCAUGACCUCUGUGAAUACAAUAACUUGCAUUCAAAUAUGAUAUCUCUAAGACGAGAUAAAUAUCAAGGCACUUGAUACUGUAACUCUUGGAUUCUGAAGAUGUAUUUCCAUAGUGAUUAGAAGUCACCUUAGAUUUGGUUAUUAUACCAUUGAGACAUUUAUAAAUGAUGUAUGCUUGCAGCUUUACUGUAUUACUAAGCUCUAAAGGUAUUGGUUUUAAAUAUUAAUAUUAUAUAUUACUGAUGUGGCUUGAACUUGUAAAAUUAAGAAGAAAAAGAUGAACUAAUGACAUCUUCUGUGCAUUACGAUUAGAAUGACAGCUAGGCCAUGUGUACUCGUGUUGUGAUUUUUGUGCUUUGAAUUUAAUGCUUUACAUUGUAAGAGGCAACUGAAUUAAAUAAAAAAGAUAAAUGGUA